CACAAUUCUACUUUCAAUUUCUUCAUCAUUCUCUCUCGGCCCCUACAAUCAUAAUCAAAAAUUAGCCAACACCAUGAAGCAAAUUGUGGUGCUCAAGGUGUCCAUGGACGGGAAGAGGUCUUUUUUCUGUAUUAUGGCUGGACAGGAGCCCCGCACCAAAGCCAUGAAGAUUGCAGUUAGCGUUCCAGGGGUGGAAGCAGCAAGUUUGAAAGGGGACGACAAGGACCAGAUAGAGGUGAAAGGGGAAGGGAUUGACACCGUCAAACUUACGAAGUUGAUCCGGAAGAAAGUAGGGUAUGCAGAUAUAGUAAGCGUGGCGGAAGAGAAGAAAGAAGAGAAGAAAGAAGAGAAAAAGGAUGGGGAGCCGGAAGUGCAAGUGGUGUGGCCGUACGCGAGUGGUGUGUCUAAUUACUACCCAAUCUAUCACGAGAUGAACCAGGAGUACCCCUGCAAUCCUUCUUGCUCCAUCAUGUAACUAUUUAUUUAUUUAUCAAUAUAUAAUAGGGAGAGUACGUAAUUUCCAUAUACAUCUUGUCUUCACUUUCUCACCAAUAUGUAUAUAUAUGUAUCCCAAUCUAUCACGAGAUGAACCAGGAGUACCCCUACAA